AUGGCGGCGGCCGGAGCUGACUCUGUGCCGCUGCAGCUCCCGCUCCCCGCAGCGCGCCCAGCUGACUGGAGCCCCCCCUUCUCCCCAGUCACAACACACCCGCCCCCGCCCCGCUUCGCGCCGGAUGUUCCGCCCCCCACCCCCUCGGCCUUUCUAUUGGUUCUUCCGCCCGGCCUGCCCGGCUUCUUAUUGGCGAGCGGGUCCAUCUGUUCGCCUACACGCGCGCGUGGGGCUGUUGGCGCCGUGAGGUGCGUCGCGCCUCUGUGUGGGCGCGCGCGGCCCUGCCCCGGCGCGCGCCUUCCCUCAGGGUGGAGGGGGUGCGCGUGCCCCCGGUCAGUCCGCGGCCCCUCAGGGAGAGAAACGAGGGGCCUUGGGGCGGUCAGACCGGAUCCCUCCCGGGAGAGCCCCCCGGCUCCCGCUGCCUCCGUCAGCCCCCGGCUCGGGGAGGGAGAAGAACAGGCAGUGUCUCUUUGGAGCCUUCCAGAUGUGUCCCCUAAUGGAGAGAACGUUUUUCCUUUGCUGGAGGGUGAAAGUAGCUGUCUGGAUAAGGGGCUGUCAUCGGUCACCAAGAACAAUGGACUACUCAAUAUCACCUUUAAAUACGACAACUGCACGCCUUAUCUGAAUUCAGUGGGAAAACACGUGAUUGGAGAUGUGCAGAAUAUAACUCUCAGUCAGUACGCGUGCUACGAACAGGUCGCAGUGACGAUUCUUUGGACAGCAAAUGCCAUCGGGAUUGAAUACCUGAAAGGAUUUCGAGUAAUACUUGAAGAGUUAAAAUCAGAGGGAAGACAAUGCCAGCAGAUGGUUUUAAAAGAUCCAAAGCAGCUCAGCCCCAGUUUUAAACGAACAGGAAUGGAAUCCCAGCCCUUUAUAAAUCUGAAGUUUGAAACAGAUUACUUUGUAAAGAUUGUUCCUUUUCCUUCCAUUAAAAAUGAAAGUAAUUAUCACCCAUUUUUCUUCCGGACUAGACCAUGUGAAUUGUUGCUACAGCCAGAAAACCUUGUCUGCAAACCCUACUGGAAGCCAAGGAAUCUGAAUGUUACCCAGCAGGGUUUUAACAUGCAAGUGUCCUUUGAUCAUGCACCUCACAACUUUGGGUUUAGAUAUUACUUUCUUCACUACAAACUUAAGCAUGAAGGGCCAUUUAAGCAGAAGACCUGCAAACAGGAACAAAACACAGAUACUACAAGUUGUGUUCUUCAGAAUGUAUCUCCAGGGGAUUAUAUAAUUGAGCUGGUUGAUGACACUAAUACAACAAGGAAAACAAUGCACUAUGCGCUAAAACCAGUACAUUCUCCAUGGGCUGGACCGAUAAGAGCUAUUGCCAUCACAGUCCCCUUAGUUGUCAUUUCAGCGUUUGCAACGCUUUUCACAGUGAUGUGUCGCAAGAAACAGCAAGAAAAUAUAUAUUCCCAUCUAGAUGAGGAGAGCUCAGAAUCUUCAGCAUAUGCUGCCGGUCUCCAUGUGGAAAGACUUCGUCCCCGGCCAAAAGUGUUCAUCUGCUAUUCCAAUAAAGAUUGCCAGAAACACAUUAACGUCAUCCAAUGCUUUGCUUAUUUUCUUCAGGACUUUUGUGGCUGUGAGGUGGCUCUAGAUUUGUGGGAAGAUCUAAAAAUUUGUAAAGAAGAUCAGAAAGAGUGGCUUAUGAAAAAAAUAAAUGAGUCCCAGUUUAUCAUCAUUGUUUGUUCCAAGGGAAUGAAAUACUUCGUUGAAAAAAAGAACUGGAAACACAGAGGGGUAACCAAAGAUGCAGGAAAAGGAGAACUCUUUCUGUUUGCUGUGUUGACUGUUGCUGAGAAGCUUCGUCAAGCAAAGCAAAAUUCCAAGGACCUCUGCAAGUUCAUUGCUGUCUAUUUUGAUUACUCCUGUGAAGGAGACAUCCCUGGUAUUCUGGAUCUAAGUACAAAAUACAAACUCAUGGACAAUCUUCCCCAGCUGUAUUCACAUUUACACUCCAGAGAUCUUAGUGUACAGGAUUCAGAGGCGUUUCCUGCUAACAUUAGUAAAAGAAAUUAUUUCAGGAGCAAAUCUGGGAGGUCCCUUUAUGUUGCCAUUUGCAAUAUGCAUCAGUUCAUUGAUCAGGAACCAGAUUGGUUUGAGAAACAAUUUAUUCCCUUCCCUCCACCUUCUUUGCAUUACUCGGAGCCUGUCAUGGAAAAAUUUGAUUCAGGCUUGGUUUUAAAUGACUUAGUGAAUAAACAGGUGAUGGAUGGCGAUUUUUACCUGAAAACAGAUGUAAAUAUUAUUUCAGCUGGGAAUUCAGAUUCUCCCUGUAUAGUUCAGCACUUAAACCUUGGAGAAGAUAUAGAAACUCAGGACAUUCAAGGUGGUGGCAGUUCAGUCCUUCAGCCAUUGUUACAUGUUGUUAAAGCUUCAAAUCUCAAAGACAUGCCUCGAGAUUCUGGAAUCUAUGAUUCGUCUGUUCCUUCAUCUGAAUUAUCUUUACCUUUAAUGGAAGGACUGUUGACAGACCAAAUUGAAACAUCUUCCAUUGCAGGAAGUGUUUCUUCAUCAUCAGGUUUAGGGGAAGAAGAACCUCCUGUAAUCACUGCUUCAAAAUUCUUAGUGCCUGGGAUAUGUAAAGCAGAACUCCAUUGCCAUAUCCACACUGACGAACUGCAGGCAAUUGCUCCGUUAUAAUACAUUACAACAUUGUUAUGCAUUGCCACUUUAUCAACAGCCUCUGUUUGUGCUUUAACUACCACACUGUCUCAGCACUACAUCUACUUGAAGGAACAAACACUCCCUGAAGAUCUGUUAUUCCUAAGGCAUUUUUUUCAUGGCCAGUGAACUUGAAUCUGUUGGUCUUUACGUAAAGUCUUUCAUGAUUUGAAAAAUGCAGCAUGGAAAAAUAGAUGGGAAUACAGUCAAAAUUAUUCUUAUUACUAAUUUAAAUGUCAUGAUAUUACACUGUUUACAGAUGCCAUAAUCAAAACGGACUUUUUUUUUUUUAUGGAAAUAAUCUUGCAACUGGACAUAAAAUAGCUUGGAACAUGAAGUCUUAGUAAAUUUUGUAGUUCAGCCUCUAGUUUUAAGUGCUGACAUACUUGGUGGCAGGAUUGUUGUAGUGAAUGAGAGCAGGAUUUUUUUUCAGAAGGAAGAUAAAAUGCCAAAGGUGAGAUCAAGAAAUUAUCCAUCAGAAAAAAUAAUUUUCUUUUAGAAAUGUUUGAUCUCUGUUCAUUAAGUCUCCUCUCCCAAAUGUUAAUGUCUCUUAGCAUUUAAUUUCAGAUGAGUGCAUAUCUCCCUUUUCUGUAUGGUUCUCCUAUCUCUUCCCCACAAUCUGGCUAUGAUGACUCAUGAAUAGUACCAUACUGAGACUGAAGUAUCAUUUUUAUAAUAGACAAAAAAUAUAGAUCCUGCAUAUGCUGAGUGAUACCAUGGAAACCAAGUUUCCUGUUUUCUUCCUGGAAGGGCUAAUAUGGAAAACACUUUAAAGAUGGGGGAAGGAAACCAAAUUUUAUAUUUAAGAUAUCGUUCUGGAUUUGUUCAGCCAUGAGAUGAGUACGCUUUAUGGGGGAUUUCAUAUUCUCCUUCAAGGACAUGCUGCUACAAAAUCAUCUGGGAUAAAACAAGUUCAGAGAAGCAGUUAACAGGCAUGAAUAUUUUGCUUUAAGCCAACCAGUAGACAGAAGCCUAUGAGUUAUUUUGCAGUUCUCUUUCACACUACUUAUCAUUACUUACUUAUUAAGAUAGUAUAAUGUUACUACUGUUAUAUUAACAAA